GUAAUGACUCUCAAGUUGCUGUUCAAAUAUUAAAAAAGACUUUACAAGGGGAAAUAAAGGAUGUGAUCGGAGGAUUAUAUCAAUGGGCUAAGGAUGUCGAUCGAGAAUUUCCUAUAUAUUGA